AUGAGUGCCACCAAGGCGCAGUCUCAAAAGAUUUUUGAGAAAGUCAAGCUCAAGGCCGCAAACAAGGUAUGCUUCGACUGCAACAGUAAGAACCCGACAUGGUCUUCGGUGCCAUUCGGUAUUUACCUCUGUCUCGACUGCUCUGCCCACCACCGUAACCUCGGUGUGCAUAUCUCCUUCGUGCGCUCAACAAACCUCGACCAGUGGCAAUGGGAGCAGCUGCGCGUGAUGAAGGUCGGUGGAAACGAGUCCGCGACCAAGUAUUUCCAAUCCCACGGAGGUUCCGCUGCGCUGGCAAGCAAGGAUACCAAAGUCAAGUACACAUGCAAUGCGGCUGUGAAGUACAAGGAAGAACUCAAGAAGCGCGCUGCGCUCGAUGCGCAACAGUAUCCCGGAGAAGUUGUCAUCACCGAUCUUCCCGCUGGCACUCCCUCGGAUGGAUCUAACACCCCCGCUGGCGAUGCUGACGACGACUUCUUCUCCUCCUGGGACAAGCCCUCGAUCAAGCGUCCUAGCAACCCCCCAUCGCGCACCGGUACCCCCCCUGUUGUUAGCCGUACUAGCUCUCCUUUCCUGAACGCCGGAGCCAACGCAAACGGAUCCCGUUCCAAGUCCCCUCUUUCUGCCUCGGAAGAGAAGAGCUCUUCUCCCGCCCCAACCGCCAUUCGGCCCACCACUGCUGCGCGGAAGACAACUACCUCUACCACCGCCAAGAAGGGCAGCCUGCUCGGCGCUAAGAAAGCACCGAAGCUGGGAGCCAAGAAGGUCGCUGCUGCCGAGCUAAUUGAUUUCGAUGAGGCCGAGCGUAAGGCCAAGGAAGAGGCUGAGCGCAUUGAAAAGCUUGGCUACGACCCCGAGGCUGAACAGGCUGAGGCUGAGGCUAAGAAGGCUGCAAGCGCUGCUGCCGCUGUGCCCAUUGCGGCCCCUACACCCGUUAGCCCCGCUGGCAAGUCUCACGAGCGGAACUCUAGCGAUGUGGAUCGACUAGGCAUGGGCAUGAACAGGCUCGGCUUUGGCCAGGUGUCGAAGCCCGCUGCUCCCAAGAAGCCGACAUUCGGCUCUGUUGGUCCUGCCAAACCCAACCCUGCUGAUGAUGCCGAACUUGCCCAAACCAGAACCCGAUUCGGUACCCAGAAGGGUAUCUCUUCGGACGAAUUCUUUGGACGCGAGCGAUUUGAUCCUGCUGCUCAGUCCGAGGCCAAGGAGCGUCUCCGUCAGUUUGAUAGCGCUACAUCCAUUUCCAGCAACAACUACUUCGGCCGGCCCGAGGAGGAGGCCCAUGGACUUGAUGACGGUUAUGGUGAUAUGGAAGCCACUGCCAAAGACUUCAUCCGUCAAUUUGGAAUCACCGCUGGAGACGACCUCGAGAAUCUCUCACAUCUCGUGGGAGAGGGUGCUACCAAGCUGCAAGGUAACGCGCUAUCCGCACUUACCUGA